AGAGAGAGAUACGGGGCGCGCAUGUCCAGUUCCUCCAUGCAGACUGUUCUCUCAGCUCGCCAAUCAUUCUAGCGAGUUUUCCCACUCUUUCUCUCUCCCCGUCUUUACAUGUGCACCGGACACACAGCUCUUUCCUGAGCGGACACUGCAGGGGAAGAAACGAUCGAGCCCACCAUGGAAUAGGAAUAUUGCUGGACAAAACGGGGGAAAAGAAACCUCUCUCAUCUUUCUUCUUUAUUUUCCCUUUUUCUGACGCCUUUUUCUUCUCUCUCGCAUCUCCCCCCGUUCUUCUCUCGAUGUCUCUCAACAGUUUCUGAAGGGAUUGAAGGAAAGAAAAAUGAGGAUUAUUAUUUUUUCUUGGCACUUUCUGGGGGUGUAUUCCGCCCUUUGGGGGCUGGCGACGGGGGCUUUCCCCAGCUCUGUGCAGAUAGGUGGAUUGUUCAUUAGGAAUACUGAUCAGGAGUAUACAGCGUUUCGACUAGCUAUCUUCCUUCACAACACCAGCCCGAAUGCUACGGAAGCUCCCUUUAACCUGGUCCCACAUGUCGACAAUAUAGAAACUGCAAACAGCUUUGCCGUCACCAAUGCAUUCUGUUCUCAGUAUUCAAGAGGGGUCUUUGCCAUCUUCGGCCUUUAUGACAAACGCUCUGUGAACACGCUGACAUCGUUCUGUGGGGCCCUGCACAUCAGCCUGGUGACACCCAGCUUCCCCACUGAAGGAGAGGGCCAGUUCACUCUGCAGCUCCGACCGUCCAUCAGAGGGGCUUUGCUGUCACUGCUGGACCACUACGACUGGAGCCGAUUUGUCUUUCUCUACGACACAGACAGAGGUUAUGCAAUACUGCAGGCAAUUAUGGAGAGAGCAGGGCAGAAUGGAUGGCAGGUGAGUGCUAUCUGUGUGGAGAGUUUCAAUGAGGCAGCAUAUCGCCGGCUGUUAGAAGACCUGGACCGACGUCAGGAGAGGAAAUAUGUCAUUGACCUGGAGCCUGAGAGACUACAGAGUAUCCUAGAACAGGCUGUCAGUGUGGGGAAACAUGUGAAAGGUUACCAUUACAUCAUAGCAAACCUGGGAUUUAAGGACAUAUCGCUGGAGAGGUUCAUGCAUGGUGGGGCCAACGUGACUGGUUUCCAGCUGGUGGACUUCAGCAGGCCUAUCGUUAUUAAACUGAUGCAGCGCUGGAACAAACUGGAUCAGAGAGAGUACCCUGGAUCUGAAAGCCCACCCAAGUAUACCUCAUCUCUAACGUAUGAUGGUGUCCUUGUGAUGGCUGAGGCCUUUCGCACACUUCGGCGUCAGAAAAUUGACAUCAGUCGCCGUGGCAAUGCUGGUGACUGCCUGGCCAAUCCAGCUGCUCCCUGGAACCAAGGGAUAGAUAUGGAGCGUGCACUCAAACAGGUGCGGAUUCAGGGCCUGACAGGGAACAUUCAGUUUGAUCACUAUGGUCGGAGGGUCAACUACACCAUGGAUGUGUUUGAACUGAGGAGCAACGGACCACGCAAGAUUGGCUACUGGAACGACAUAGACAAACUUGUGCUGGUCCAGAAUGAAAAUGCUCUGUCCAAUGACAGCUCAGCAAUGGAGAACCGGACAGUAGUUGUGACAACCAUCAUGGAGGGUCCCUAUGUGAUGCUGAAGAAGAACUGGGAACUUUAUGAAGGCAACGACCAGUAUGAGGGAUACUGUGUGGACUUGGCCUCCGAGAUCGCCAAACACAUCGGAAUCAAAUACAAGAUUUCCAUUGUGCCAGAUGGAAAAUAUGGAGCCAGAGAUCCAGAGACAAAGAUAUGGAAUGGCAUGGUUGGAGAGCUUGUGUAUGGGAAAGCAGAAAUUGCAGUGGCCCCGCUGACCAUCACUCUGGUGAGAGAAGAGGUGAUUGAUUUUUCGAAGCCCUUCAUGUCUCUGGGGAUCUCCAUUAUGAUCAAGAAGCCCCAGAAGUCAAAGCCAGGUGUUUUCUCUUUCCUUGACCCGCUGGCCUACGAGAUCUGGAUGUGCAUAGUGUUCGCUUACAUUGGAGUCAGUGUUGUGCUGUUUUUGGUGAGUCGCUUCAGUCCAUAUGAGUGGCAUGCAGAGGAACCAGAGGAGGGCACAACAGAGAUGGGCCCCACUGACCAACCUCCCAAUGAGUUUGGCAUCUUCAACUCCCUGUGGUUCUCACUGGGAGCGUUCAUGCAACAGGGCUGCGACAUCUCACCUCGGUCUCUGUCUGGACGUAUUGUUGGAGGUGUGUGGUGGUUCUUCACCCUUAUCAUCAUUUCUUCUUACACAGCCAACCUGGCUGCUUUCCUCACUGUGGAGAGGAUGGUGUCACCCAUAGAGAGUGCAGAGGACUUGGCCAAACAGACAGAGAUAGCCUACGGGACACUGGACUCAGGCUCUACUAAGGAGUUCUUCAGGAGGUCCAAAAUAGCCGUAUAUGAGAAGAUGUGGUCAUAUAUGAAGUCUGCUGAACCGACUGUCUUCACCAAGACAACAGCGGAGGGUGUGGCAAGGGUCCGCAAGUCCAAAGGGAAAUACGCUUUCCUCCUUGAGUCCACCAUGAACGAAUACACGGAGCAGCGCAAGCCUUGUGACACCAUGAAAGUCGGGGGGAACCUGGACUCCAAAGGAUAUGGGAUUGCCACACCGAAAGGCUCACAGUUAAGAAACGCGGUCAACCUGGCCGUUCUAAAGCUCAACGAGCAGGGCCUGUUGGACAAAUUGAAAAACAAGUGGUGGUAUGACAAAGGAGAAUGUGGCAGCGGGGGAGGGGAUUCCAAGGACAAGUCAUCCCAGGCUCUGAGCCUGUCCAACGUGGCUGGGGUCUUCUACAUCCUUGUGGGUGGCCUAGGCCUGGCCAUGCUGGUGGCCCUGGUCGAGUUCUGCUACAAGUCAAGGGCCGAAGCCAAGCGCAUGAAGCUGUCUUUUUCUGAAGCCAUGCGGAACAAGGCCCGUCUGUCCAUCACAGGAAGUGUGGGGGAGAAUGGCCGCGUCUUGACGCCAGACUGCCCCAAAGCCGUGCAUGCUGGCCACGCCUCCCUCCGACACCCCGGCCUUGCAGUGGUCUCCUCCGGACUGCCCUGAAAACCAAAAACACCUGCUGUGCCUUAACAACACACAAAUACAAACAUUCAGACUUUGACAAACACACACAUGCGCGCACACACACACACACACACCCACACAUACACACACACGUGCUUACAUACAGUCACAUACGUACCAUUUUCAUGCACAACACACACACACACAAAUGCAUAUGAUUACAGAUACUCAAAUGCAAAACAAAUACUCAGAUACAGAGACACUGAACAAACAUUUUUACACACUUGAAAACACAGACACAUCAUCAUCUCACCAUCCUGCUGCCAUUGACUUAUUAUACAAGAGGCAAGUGAAGUACAACUGUGGAGUGAACAGUGGAGAAAAAAAAAACAUAAGACAACUCUGACUAUCACACUUGCCUGCAGCAUUAAUUUUAUUGGGUUUUUUGUUUGUUUGUUUGUUUGUUUUUGUUUGUUUUCUGGGAGGAUACCAUCCUGAUAUCGACAAAACCAACAGGAAAGCCAGCACAGACUUGAGCUAUGAGCUGUGAACAUGACCACGAAACUGAUCGUGAUGAUGAUAGUGAUAGCGGUGAUGAUCAUGGCUGACAGUAAAGAAAAAAGAGAAAGACAACCAAACAAUUCUGUUCCUGCUCUCAUUGUCACGGACAGUGUUGGCAAGCAAGCCACGCCCCUUGAUAACGCCUUACUAAGACUACAAACAUAGUUUUCAUCAUCAUCAUCAUCAUCAUGGUCAUCAUCAUCUUAACUUGCCUGCAAAGACUGAGUGCCAGGUAUUUUCACCCUUAGAAGACCAGAAAACUGUAAUCUUGAACGUUCGGACUGUGCAAACCUGCUACUUUACCAUGGACUGUUCAAACCGAAUGAAAAUGCUUUCUUAGUACACAUAUAGAAUGAUUUCUCACCUCCCAAAAAAGAGAGUGAGACAAUCAGCCAUUAUAGAACAGAAGUAACCUCCAAACUCAUAACGUGUGGCUGAUCUCGGCUACAGAAUCCACAGGGGUUUGUAAAAGAAAAGAAUAAACCAUAGUAGUUAACAAAGUCCUUCAUCGACAACAUCACCAUGACAGUAGAAAUGCUAAAUAGCAAAUUGAUGAUCAUAUUUUUGCUGAGUGGCAAAGGUGAGGUUUAAACUGUAUAUUGAGUGAUGGAGAGAAAAAAUAAAAAAUACACGAGCUGAUCUCACACGGCUACCAAACAACGUGCUUCUCAACCUGAACACUGGGACCUUAUAGAAGUUUGCAAAAUGAAUGAUGGAGGCAGUGGGAAUAAAUAUGAUGUUUAUGGCAUUUGGGAUCAAACAAAUUCAGCCUCUAUGUCCUCUUGAAUAAUUAAUCCAAAUAACCAAGAAAAUGAAAAGACAAGUAAAAGUUCAUUAGUCUUUGCACAUUCCCCAACAGUGAGGUGACUCGAGCAGUAAACCAUUUGUUUCAAGGGCCAUAAUAAGGUUGAGAACCACUGGUCUAUGCUGUCUGUGCUUCAUUUGACUCAAACUAUAAAGACAUGUAGAUGCAGUUUUCAAUUUCUCUAAAAGUAAUGACUCCUAAUGGGCAGUUUGGUCAUCAUUUGAGAUCAUCAGUCUUUCCCAGUGGCCGGGGACAAGUACCGUAUCAGAAAGCUUGCUUUUUAAAAUAGUUGUAAAUAACUGCGUAGCAAAACAGAACUCACUUGUCUUUUUUAAUCAUCUUAGAUAACAAUUCAUUGCAAUAAUGAAUAUAAAAGAAAAUGCCACUACUUGUAAUUAAGAUCAAAUCUUUUUUUAUAAAUCUACAUAUUAUAUAUAAUACAAAUAAAUAUAUAUCUAUACGUCUAUAGAGAGCUAUAGAAAACAUUGAUCACAGAUUGUCAGAGGCCAUGGCAUACAUUCUGUUAUAUGGCUGUUUUUUGAUAACUUGAGAAUAUUAAUAUAUGUCAUAGUCUUUGUGUGUCCUACUCAACACUGAAUGUCCAUCUGGCACUCACAUGGACACACACGUAGAAACACGCUCACACACGUUGUUGCACACACAGGGUCGGCUCCGAGUGAUCACUCCAGCACCAUGAGAUGUUCGGGUGAUUUUGUUUCUGCCUGUCUGUCUGCUUCAUGAGUAGUUAUUCACUGUUUUUCAUUGUCCAGCACUGUUUUUACUCCAACAUGUUCAGCUGGUGGGCUGCAGAGACCCCUGAAACAGCACACAGAUGCCAGUAUUCAACACUGAAGCCCAUAUAAUGAGUACACAGGCCUCUACAGAGGAUAGGCCGCUGUGACUGCUCUACUGUCGAGAAACAAUGCUGUCUGACAUUUGGAGAGUGUAGCAUUUGUGUUACAUUUCACAUGACCUCAGUGCUUUUAGCUAUUUGUCUUCUCACCAGAUGUGAGUCAGCUACAGAUUGAAAUCCAGUAAAAACUGAGCAGGGUUUGCGCUUUUUGGGGACAAGAUUGGAUCCAUCAUGAUAGGCAAGGCAGGUGAUCAAGCCCUAUGAAAUCUAUUUUUUAAAAAAAAAAUCUGUAAAAAUCUGUUAUAUACCAUAUAGCAGCCUGUUUUGGCACAUUCACUUACUGUCAGCCUUGGGGAGAGGAAUAUAUGUAUCUCAUUAUUAUUUGAGGAACAAUUGAAGGAAAAGAACAAAAUAUAUUUUUGUGGAUUUACAUUAAAGCAGUUUUACUUCACUAUAAGCUAAUACAAAUCAGCAUGGUGGGGAUGCUUACAUGGAGAUUGUCAUAAUACAGUAAAAUGGGAAUGACUUACUGUUUUCUGUCCUGCUCAGCUCUUUUCCUCUUUAUCUUUCAUUCUACUUUUUCACUUGCCUUCUCUUUCUUGUUCCUCCUCUUGUUUUGUCUUCCCCUUCGCUCCACUUUAUGAUUUCAUCUCUCCUCCUGCCCCACUGUUAGACAGAAUUCUCUGUAAAAGUUCAUCUCAACAAUGACAAAUGACUUUAUUUUAUCCCCUGAUACUCUGCAAAAUAAUGGCAUAGAGAUAAAUUGAGAAAUUGUGACACCUAUUGACAAUCUGGGUUUGUUUCUGGCCCUAUGCUCUGAGCAUCUCAUACAUUUUUGUAACUGUUUAUAUUACGUAAACACACACACACACAGUGGAACUUCCAUCUCUUUGUAAAACUCACACGCAUACCUCAUCAUGCAUCAUUCCCUCAUCAAAUGUAUUCAAAUCAAACUCAACUUGAAAAGCAUAAAUUAUAAAAGAUAUCUUAUAACAAGUAUCUCGGACAACAGCCCUCUUUAUGGCUGAGGCAAACAAGUUUCCAACCACUUCCUCUCAGCCCGGGGGAUCAGUGCAGCAGUACUGCAGCAAUCCAGCAUGGGAGACGCAGCGGGUUUCUACAGUGGUUGCAUCUGCAAAGAGACAGUUAACACUGAUCUAGCUAUCAGCACACCAGACACCCCAGGCUGUCGAACUAUAUGUGAUACUGUUGUGUUUAUUUCUUUGCCACCUCCAGCACAUUAGAUUUCAUGCAUAGACAGCAGAAAGCUGACUGUUGGGCUGUCAACACUCUGGCUUUACCACGGUCUCUUUCUUCCUUUGUUUCUGUCUUUCCAUUUGGUUUCUUUUUCUAGUAAAACAUCA